UAGCGCGCAGUAUCGUAAAUCGUUGACAUCUGAACCGUGGCUUGUGCUAUCGACAGGAGGAAAGAGAAAAUGUGAUUUGCUGCAUUAUAAUGAUCCUCGAUUGCGAUCCAAUUAUGUUUUAUUUAUUAUGACGUGAUAUGUCAAUGUUGUCGGACUACAUUUAUCUACGUGUUAACAAAACAUUUUAUAUGUAUGCUCUAUUUUCUAACCUAUAAUAGUACGCACAUAUCUGUUUAUAACUGCAUAAUAUUAGAAAAACAUGUCAUCAUCUCACACGACGGAGUUGACCGAGCAAUUGGUUAAAGACUAUGCGAAUUACGCAAAAGUAGACUGGAAUAAUCAGGCGAGUAUGAAAAAUGUUCGUGAUAUCAUAGAGGAUACACUGAUACGACUGGAGGAAUUCCAAUCGAUUGUUGCAAUGGUGGAGAAUAGCAGUGCCGAAUGCAUGCAACAGCAUCUUCCAAAGUUACAGCACAUGAAGGACGGUAUGGCAACUCUUCGCAAGAGAAUAGACGCACUGGAGCACGUUGUUGCAAUGGCCAAUAUGAAUUUAAGUACAUUGGAAGCUGCUGUAGAAAAGGCAGAGGCUGAUCUAGGUGUAUCGGAUAAAUUAUUCGGGAUAUUAAAUCCUUUAUCAUUUUUUAAGAAAAGUCAGGAACCAGUCGCGUCAAGUUCAGUGCCAAUAUAUAAAUCGCCCAUAAUUUAUAAGUCUGAUGACUAUUUUCAAAGAGAAUAAAAAAAGGCUUGAGUUAUGAAGUACCUGUUAUUAGAUUAAGAGAAGUAUUUAUAAAUUUAUGCAAGUCAGUAAUAUCUAUGGGAAAAAACAUAUAGUUGAUUGGAUAUUAAAUAAAUCUAUAAUAGAUUUUUA